GAGUGGGUGAGCGAGAGACUGAACCAGAGUUCUGUGUGCUGGAUGAGGAAGUAGUGAUGGUGAGCACAUGGGUGUGGUUGGUGGUGGUUUAACCGUUACCGUUAUAAGUCAUACAGAAGAGGCAUACAGAGGAAAGCAUUGAGACUUCGGACACAUCUCUGGACUGGGUCACCUCACACAAUGGAUAUAAAGAUUCAUUUGGCUUCCUUGACCGUUCUCCUUUUUGUCAUGUUAAAUGUGUCAAGGGCUCAAACAUCCAUAGACCGAAAUCAAAAUGUGACUGUGACUGUGACUGUGACAGCGGCAGGCUUGACAAUGACCACUGCUCCAACUCCCAAUGGAACAAUAUUUGAAACCAGAGUCACCAGCAUCAGCAACCCAGUGACAACAGACAACAACACCACACCAGAGAUUAAGACCUCAGCAUCCAGCGAAAGAACAACAAAACCACAAACAAAGCCCACAACCACUUCAGCGACAUCCUCCAAAUCUACAGCUAAGAAAGCCUCUGAAAAUGGGACCCAUCAAGCAGUUACCUGGGAUCCAAAGUGGGACCAAGAUUUCACCUAUGAUUAUGAGUCCCUGCGCCAUGCUGGACUGGUCAUAGCAGCAGUUCUCUUCAUCAUGGGUAUCAUGGUCAUCAGCUGUGGUAAGGUGUGUAAACCUCCCAAGUGUCGCAAGAAGUCAUCAAAGUCAUAUCAAGUGGCCCAAGGAUAGAGAUGAAACUACAGAGUUGCAGAAAACCAACAGAGUUCAUCAGGAGAAAAAGACUCAAUAAAGACACAUUGUGUGUGCAUAUGCAUUGACUGACUGUAUGCUGCUUAGUAGAAAUGUUAUACAAACACACUGAAUAAACAUAAAUGUGAAUCAUACUGACAAGCGAAAAAGUGGAACCUUCACCUGCUUUCUAUACAUGGCAAAACUAAAAAAAAAAAAGUGAUUAUCUUGGCAGAUAAUGAAUAGAUGAUUUAUAUUUUAAUAAUACCAUCAGCCAUAAAGCAGGUUUGUUUUAAAUGCCAUAGGCUGUGUCUCAAGGCCAGGAUUAAUAUUAAAGGUUAUAUAGGUAAGAAUAACCCCAUAACAUCCCACAUUUGACAAUCUCAUACAACACCUAUGUUCUAUAAGCAUCUAAAAAUGAAGCUGGAUCACUUCUUCUAUCUGCACGCUCUUUAAACUUUCAAUCACAACAAAAACGUGAUGUUUAGUAAGGGGUGUCUAAGCCUCUUAGUGGCUCUAUGCUUGUAAGUGAGUAAAGCCCUAGAUUAAACAAGAUGCACUGGCGCAUUAUCUUUGUAUCCAUAUGGCAUCAAAAUGAUGCAGACAACAAACUCAUACAAAACAGAAACAUUUACAACAGAUUUGUCAAAAUCAACACAAUCCUGAGUCCAGCUACAUAAUAUACAGUUCUAUUCAUAUUUCUAAUUGCCGUCAGAACAAAAUCACGAGGCUCCAGCUUUGCAAACGGAAAUAAUGAGAUAUAGGAUAUGGACUGCAAUUGCUUUCUUGUGAAAUACAUGGCUAUGUAUUAGAUUAUUUGUAAAUUCUUAUUGUAUAAUGAAAAUCUAUUGUAGAGGUCCUUGGCACAAACGACACACAUGGGUUAAUCUGGAUACAUAAGUGCAUAUUAACAGAAUUAACAAAACAGUAAUUAACAUUAAAUCCAAUCUUUUGGCUGCAAUAAAAUACAAAAAUACACAUAUUUUACAUAAAAUAAAUUUGGCAAUUAA